GAGAGGAAAACAGAAAAGAAAUGACGAAAUGUCGAGAGGGCGGGGACAAUUGAGAACGCUUCCCGCCGGCGCGCUUUCGGUUUUCAAUCUGGUCCGAUACUCUUGUAUAUCAGGGGAAGACGGUGCUCGCCUUGACAGAAGCUGUCUGUCGGGCUCCAGCGGUCAUGUCCGGCAGAGGAAAGGGCGGAAAAGGCUUAGGCAAAGGGGGCGCUAAGCGCCACCGCAAGGUCUUGAGAGACAACAUUCAGGGCAUCACCAAGCCUGCCAUUCGGCGUCUAGCUCGGCGUGGCGGCGUUAAGCGGAUCUCUGGCCUCAUUUACGAGGAGACCCGCGGUGUGCUGAAGGUGUUCCUGGAGAAUGUGAUUCGGGACGCAGUCACCUACACCGAGCACGCCAAGCGCAAGACCGUCACAGCCAUGGAUGUGGUGUACGCGCUCAAGCGCCAGGGGCGCACCCUGUACGGCUUCGGAGGCUAGGCCGCCGCUCCAGCUUUGCACGUUUCCAUCCCAAAGGCCCUUUUUAGGGCCGACCACUUGCUCAUCUGAGGAGCUGGGACACUUGACUGCGUAAAGUGCAACAGUAACGAUGUUGGAAGGUAACUUUGGCAGUGCGGCGACAAUCGGAUCUGAAGUUAACGGAAAGCUACUGUGGCCCAUAGCGCUCACAGCCGUAAAGACUUAAGUCGUUGACCGAAAGCGGCUUUUUCACUUACCUGGGCUUUUUUUUUUUUUUUUUUUUUAAGCCUUUAUCGAUAUGAAAGGUUGAAUGCUCUAGGUUUGAGCACUGCUUUCUCGGCUUGCUCUUCUGGUGCAGUAUAGGCACACCUAGAGGGCCACGUCAGUCUUUGCGAUCACCAAAUCUGGUUCUGAGAAAUAGGCACUGGCAAUUUACACAUGCCUUGCUAUGUAAUCUCACUAUAUUUGCUCAGGCAAAGUGGGAGAAGCAGCCUUAGGUUUUCAUUCUAGAGAUGCCGGCUUUCCCACAUGAUCGGCUUAGAGUUCACGAUUGACUGUUUUGGGCUUCAUUUCACCCUCUACACAACAAGCGGGUGGACUAGAUGCCUUAGCAAGGGUCCGUGUUGUGUGGUGUCUCCAGCCACGCACUCAGCUCAAUCUUAGUACAGUUAAAAAAUGCCUUUCUAGCAAGUUAUCUGCCCAGUGCCUGAAAAGUAUCAUUUCUUGUGUUCAAUAAAAAGCCUCCUAAUUUAAUCAAGGACCUAUGAGAUAACUGUCUUUUAGUUGUGGCAUUGCAAGGAUACAAAUGCAGAGAUAUUUUAAAGUGAUCCUUCUGUAAGAGUGAACCAACGAUAUGAUCUGAAAGCAACUUCACAGGUAAUUCAGGCUUAUGAUUUUACUGCGUAUGUAUUUGGGAGCAGAAAUUCUGUCAGCUCCCAAAGGAUAAACCAGCAGUUGCUUUAUUGGUCUUCAGAUGUGGCUGCAAACACUUGAGACUGAACUAAGCUUAAAACACGGUGCUUAGCAAUCGGGUUGCCAGCAAAGCACUGGAUGCAAGCCUUGCCUUCCAGAAGCUUACCAAUCGGGUUGCCAGCAAAGCAGUGGAUGCAAGACUUGCCCUCCAGGAGCUUACCAUCACAACGAAGAAGACAAACAAGUGCAUAAUAUAUAGACGACAUAAAUCCAUACCUGUACACAUUUAAGAAUAAACAGUCCAGUAGUAAGAGGCAGUACAUAUUCAAUCUGCUGAGAAAUGUAGACAAUAACUACUAUAAGAAUCCUAAUGCUACAGAAGUCACUGGCUGCUGGGAAACCGGGGAAAACUUGGCUAUGGACGUGGGGGCUUGUGUCGGACUCUGAAUAAAGAGCAGAAUGAUUGGCAUCCUACUGAGAUACAUAGUAAAGGGGGCGAGGGCAGGGAGGAAGUGGCAAGAAUAACAUUUGUGAAGAUGUCCAGGUGAGAAAUAGAGGUUUUAAUGCUCAAGAUGUUUCCUUUUCCCUUUUAAAUCUGACCUGUGAUUUCCAGCAUUACUGUUUCGAAUAUCACUGAUUGUUUUUAACUUUAAAGGCAAUGCUGAUGAAUAUAUCUGAUCUGCACCAAGAUCCACUAAAGAAGGAGAUCAAAAAUUUGAAGAUAAAGCAGAAAGGGAGUGGGGGAGAAAACACGUCCAUUGUCUGAAUUAGUGGUUCUCAAAGUGUAGCCUCUCAUCUAGCAGCACUGAUCACCUCGGAUAAAAUCUUGGGCCCCAUGCCAGACCUACUGAAUGAGAAACUGAGGGGUGAGACAUAGUAAUCGGUGCUUUAAAAAAGCCCUCCCGAUACACAUUAAAGGUGGAAAGCCACUGAUGCAGGUAACAGCUUUUCUUUUUUUCUUUUCUUUCUUCUUUCUUUCCCUCCCUCCCUCCCUCCCUCCUUCCCUCCCUUCCUCCCUUCCUUCCUUUCUUCCUUCCCUUCCUUCCUCUUUCUUUUUUUGAGAUGGAGUCUCGAUCUGUCACACAGGCUGGAAUGCAGUGGCACGAUCUUGGCUCACCGCAAUCCCCGCCUCCCGGGUUCAAGUGAUCCUCCUGCCUCAGCCUCCCAAGUAGCUGGGACUACAAGUGCCCACCACCAUGCCGGGCUAAUUUUUGUAUUUUUAGUAGAGACGGAGGUUUUGCCAUGUUGGCCAGGCUGAUCUCGAACUCCUGGCUUUAGGUGAUCCACCCUCCUCGGCCUCCCAAAAUGCUGGGAUUACAGGCGUGAGCCACCGCGCCUGGCCUCUUUUUCUUUGGCAUGAGCCACCGUGCCCGGCCAAUUACUGAGAAUUCCUGCCUUUUUCACAGGAUUAUUUUAAGGAUCAAAUGAAAAGUUCUGUGUGAAAGAAGAAUGAGGCCAUGAAGUGAUACAGAAACCAAAGUUGAUAUAUUUAUUGCCUUUCCCACUCAAUGUAGUUCGUUUUUUGUUUUGUUUGUUUUGUUUUUUUGAGAGAUGGUUUCACUCGACUUACUGUGACCAGGCGUUGCUUGGGUACUGCUGCUACUAUGGAAAUAAACAAAGACAAAUCCUUACCCUGAGAAAUGUUGCCAGCCUAAUGCUGAGGUUAAGGAAGGGAAGGGGUAUUAAGAUAGGAGAGGGCAGAGGCAAGGAGGAGGGCCCAAAGAGAUGAGGGCAAAGAAGAGCAAGGGAGCCGGGCACUGUGGUUCAUGCCUAUAAUCCCAGCACUUUCGGAGGCCAAGGCAGACAGAUCAUGAUGAGGUCAAGAGAUCGAGACCAUCCUGGCCAACGUGGUGAAACCCCGUCUCUACUAAAAAUAUAAAACUUAGCUGGGCGUGGUGACACACACCUGUAGUCCCAGCUACUCCGGAGGCUGAGGCAGGAGAAUCGCAUGAACCCGGGAGACGGUGGUUGGAGUGAGCCGAGAUCGCGCCACUGCACUCCAGCCUGGGCGACAGAGCAAGACUCCGUCUCAAAAAAAAAAAAAAAAGAAAAGAAAAGAAAAAGAAAAAACAAAAAACCAGAAGAGCAAGGGAAGGGCUCAUAGGGCUGAAUCUUGAAGAAUGGGGGUUCUCAGGGUUACAAACAAGGGGAGGACAUUCUGGACAGAAAUGGAAUGUGUGAAGAUAUUGUGUACUUGGAGAUUGCAGAUGUCGUGUGGGGCUAAACAUUCUUGUUCAGCUGCAAGAACAUCUGAAACCUGGGAAGGCUGUGGGAAACAUAAAGAACUAGAUGUAUAAUA